AUGGCUCGGGGCCGCCCCCGCUGCCCGGCGGCGGGGAGCCGGGAGCAGCUGCCGGCUCCCCUCUGGGGCUUCUGGGCAGCCCUGGGGAUGCUCUGCUCGCCCGCCUCCCAGGCGUUCAACCUGGACGUGGACAAGCUCACCGUGUACAGCGGUCCCGAGGGGAGCUACUUCGGCUACGCCGUGGACUUCCACAUACCUGACCCGCGAACAGUGAGUAUCUUGGUGGGAGCUCCCAAAGCCAACACUAGCCAGCCGGAUAUAGUGGAAGGUGGCGCUGUCUAUUACUGCCCCUGGCCGGCCACUGGAGAUGUGCAAUGCAGGCAGAUUCCGUUUGACCCUACUAACAACAGAAAAAUUAGAGUCAAUGGAACCAAGGAACCUAUUGAGUUUAAAUCGAAUCAAUGGUUUGGAGCAACAGUAAAAGCACAUAAAGGGAAAGUGGUGGCCUGUGCUCCAUUGUAUCACUGGAGAACCCUCAAAGCUACCCGGGAAAAGGAUCCUGUUGGCACUUGCUACGUUGCAAUUCAGAACUUCAGUGCAUAUGCAGAAUACUCUCCUUGUCGGAACAGCAAUGCUGACCCCGAAGGCCAGGGUUACUGUCAAGCAGGCUUUAGUCUGGAUUUUUAUAAGAAUGGAGAUCUUAUAGUGGGAGGACCUGGCAGUUUUUACUGGCAAGGCCAGGUGAUUACAGCCAGCAUUGCCGACAUCAUUGCCAAUUACUCAUUCAAGGAUAUUCUAAGGAAACUAACUCGAGAAAAACAAACUGAAGUUGCUCCAGCGUCCUAUGAUGACAGCUACCUUGGAUAUUCAGUUGCUGCUGGGGAAUUUACUGGAGAUUCUCAGCAAGAAAUCCUGGCUGGUGUUCCAAGAGGUGCACAGAAUUUUGGAUAUGUUUCAAUUAUUAAUUCGACGGAUAUGACCUUUAUUCAGAAUUUCACUGGCGAACAGAUGGCAUCUUAUUUUGGAUAUGCUAUUUCAGUAUCAGAUGUCAACAAUGAUGGCCUGGAUGAUGUAUUGGUUGGAGCCCCCCUCUUCAUGGACCGUGAAUUUGAGAGCAGCCCUAAAGAAGUAGGGCAGGUUUACCUUUACUUGCAAGAAAGUCCUUUGCUCUUCAGCCAUGCCCAAGUCUUCUCAGGAACUGAAGUGUUUGGCAGAUUUGGAAGUGCUGUCACCCAUUUGGGAGAUCUGAACCAAGAUGGAUACAAUGAUAUUGCAGUUGGUGCACCAUUUGCCGGAGAAGAUGGAAGAGGCAAAGUGUUCAUUUACAAUGGGAAUGCAGAAGGAUUAAACCAGAAACCAUCCCAGAUUCUGAAUGGUGGCUGGGCCUCCCAGGCCAUACCGUCGGGAUUUGGCUUUACUUUGAGAGGCGAUUCAGACGUAGACAAGAAUGAUUACCCAGAUUUAAUUGUGGGUGCCUUUGGAACUGGAAAAGUGGUUGUUUAUAGAGCAAGACCUGUUGUGACAGUGGAUGCCCAGCUUCUGCUGCACCCAGUGAUUAUAAACCUUGAAAAUAAAACCUGCCACGUCUCCGGCCUUGCCACAUUGGUGCCUUGUUUUACUUUGAGAGUGUGUGCAUCUGUAGAAGGUCAGAGCAUUUCAAAUACAGUAGCUCUGAUAGCUGACGUGCAGUUAGAUUCACUGAAACAGAAGGGAGCCAUUAAGAGGACCCUCUUCAGGGAUAAUCAUCAGUCACAGCUUGUCUUCUCUCUAGUGAUAAACCAGCAUCAAUCCCUCCAGUGCCAGGACUUCAUUAUUUACCUCCGAGAUGAAACUGAAUUCCGAGAUAAAUUAUCUCCAAUCAACAUUAGCUUGAAUUACAGUUUGGAUCAAUCCACUUUUGAGGAAGGCCUCGCUGUCAAACCAAUACUGAACUUCUACCGGGAAAGCAUUGUUAAUGAGCAGGCUCACAUCCUGGUGGACUGUGGAGAUGACAAUAUGUGCAUUCCUGAUUUGAAACUUUCAGCUAGACCAGAUAAGCACCAGCUGAUCAUUGGAGAUGAAAACCAUCUAAUGCUCUUAGUAAAUGCAAGGAAUGGAGGGGAAGGGGCCUAUGAAGCUGAGCUCUUUGUGGUGAUACCUAAAGAAGCAGAUUACAUUGGUAUUGAACGCAACAUCAAGGCUCUGCACCCACUGAGCUGUGAAUACAAGAUGGACAACGUAACCAGAAUGGUGGUGUGUGACCUGGGGAACCCUAUGGUGGCUGGAACAAAUUGCUCACUCGGCCUCCGAUUUGCUGUUCCCCGUCUUGAAAAUACCAAUACGAGCCUUGACUUUGAUCUCCAAAUCAGAAGUUCCAACAAAGAUAAUCCAGACAGCAAUUCCGUGAGCCUGCAAAUCAAUGUCAGCACUAUGGCUCAAGUAGAGAUAAGAGGAGUAUCCCAUCCACCGCAGAUUGUUCUGCCGAUUCAGAACUGGGAGGCUGAAGAGGAGCCCCACAAAGAAGAAGAAGUUGGACCAUUAGUGCAACAUAUUUAUGAGCUGCACAACAUCGGACCCAGUACUAUCAGUGAAACGCUUCUGACUGUGGGAUGGCCAAAUUCCGCAAAAGAGGAGUCUCUUCUGUAUAUUUUCCACAUUCAGACCCUUGGGCCAUUGCAGUGUCAAACAAAUCCUGCUAUCAACUCACUGGGAAUAAAGCCCGCAGCCUCCCAGGAGGACGUCCCUGCCCUCAGUGCCUUUCUGCGUAAUUCUAGCAUUCCUCAUCUUGUCAGGAAGAGACAUGUCCCAGUGGUAGAAAUUCACAGACAAAGUCCUGCAAAAAUACUGAAUUGCACUAACAUUGAUUGCUUACGAAUCUCUUGUGUGGUUGGACGAUUAGAAGGAGGUGAGAGCGCAGUCCUGAAAGUCAGAGCACGCUUAUGGGCCCAAACUUUUCUCCAGAGAAAAAAUGACCCCUAUUCACUCGCCUCCAUUGUGUCCUUUGAAGUUAAGAAGAUGCCAUAUAAUGACCAGCCAACACAACUACCAGAAGGAAAAGUAGCAAUUAGAACAUCAGUCAUCUGGGCAACUCCAAAUGUCUCCUUCUCAAUCCCAUUAUGGGUUAUCAUAUUAGCCAUACUUCUUGGAUUACUGGUCCUCACCCUUCUGACAUUAGCCUUAUGGAAAUGUGGAUUCUUUGACCGAGCAAGGCCUCCUCAGGAUGAUAUGGCUGACAGAGAGCAAUUAACAAAUGACAAGGUUCCUGAUGCAUGAAAAAAAAAAAAACCCAACUCAGUUUAAAAGAAAGAGACUGAAGCCAGCUGCUAUGGAACCAGUGGGCACCAUGUUGAUGCCAUUUGAAUUUUCUAGUACCUUGGGAACUCACCAUGUGAUGAGCAUAAUCCCUUUGGGAAAAGACCUUCAUCAAAACAGCCCCAUGAAUGGGGAAUUUUAUUGUUGUUUUGUUCCUGAUGUUCUAGAUUUGGUAGAUACUUAGGACCAUGCAGGAUGGCUUAAAUUGCUUUCUAGAGUUGCAAGGAUGCAAUUCCUGAGUUGCUGUAGAAUCUAGAAGGUGAACUAGCGCACAACCCUUCAAACACUACUGUAUCAAGCAGACUAUUCGACACCUCCCUAUGGAAAAGAAACAUUGCUUCUGAAACUGUGGCUCAGGGAGACAAGCAAUAUGUUGUUGGUACUGUGAAAGUACUUUUUAAAGCUACAAAGAUAAACUUGUAAGCGGGGGUAGUGAGUUAUUUAUUUUUCCCACCUCUGUAGUUUGACGUCUGGGAUGUCAAAGGACCCAGAUAUCAGGAUGUCAUUACCCAUGUUUGAAAAUCAUUUGCUCAGUUCACAAAGAAGAAAAGUACAUUGUGCAAAGACGCCAUCCCACAAAAAUACUUCUUUAGAGGAGUAACAGAAUGUAUACAAUAUUUUAGAGAGAAGAGAAUCAGUUCUAAGACUCAGUUGCACAUAAUACUAUAUCUUCUUGUACCUGUCGGCAUUAGCUUUAUACCCACUAUCCAAAGAUUCAUGGCUGCCUAAAUGCUGCGUAUUUUUUUGAAUUUUUUUCCCUUGUACUUUCAGUUAUAUCAGUUCACAAUAUGUCAUAAUACUUCAAAAAACUCUCUUCAUUGUGUAAGUGUGUGCUUAAGUUAUAGUAAUACAUCAACAUUUCAAACAUUCUUUCUUUUGGUGUGGGAACUGCCUCCAACUCCUUCAAUCACAACUCUGCUCUUAUGUGCUGUUUUCUUCAGUUACUAAGGUGAAAAUGUUCGUCACUUGAUGGCCACCAUCCCAAUAAUGAGCCUUUCCAUGCUUAGUUAGGCUAGCCCUAGGAAGAUAUCGACACCAUCCAUGUCUAGGCCUGUGAACAAAGCCUUUUCAGCUUGGCUAAACUUGUCACAUCUUGAAUUCUACUAUCGUUGCCUUUGAGAAGCCCAGUUCACCUCCACGCCAGGAAGAGGCAUCAUAGUACGACUUCAGUGAAGAAUUUUUUACCCUUUUUAUUAUCUUUACUAACUUACUUAACAGUAAGUAUUUUUAAAAUCCCACAGUGCUACUUCAGUAGUAAAGUGGAUUUCAUCAUCGCGGGUUUUAUACCACUGGUAAGAAAUAGUAAAUUAAUGGAGAGAAAAUGAACAUCCCUCAUCGACUGAGUAUUUCAGUAUGUUUAAGGAAGGUUUGGAAGCUACAGCAAUAUUUUUUAAUUUAAAUAUCUACUUUUACUACCAGCUUGUUAUUGUCAACACAUAGAAAACAUGUAUCAACCAUGAAUAGAAGAGAAGCAUAAAAUAAUACAGACCUGGUAUAGACAUAGGAAGAAAAGUGUCUCUUAAAAAAAAUUUAUAAGUUCUCACUUUCUCAGUUAGAUCUCCAAAUUCUAUGUGCUUUUUGCUGUUCACUUUUGAAGUUAGCCUGGAUAGCUUCUAGUAUCAAAGAAUCCUUUUAUUAAACUAUUUUUCUGUAUUCAUUUUGAAUUGAAUGCCCACAAAAAACCUGAUUUUUAAAAACCUACACAUAAAUAUUCUAUCAUUGUGUACAAUAUUGUCAUUGAUAAACUAGGAUUAACCAACCAAAUUAAUUCACAUCAUCUGCACAAUUUUGUAUUAUUUUUAUUAUACUGAAAUAUCACUUUUAAGAAAUACAAAUUUUACGUGCAAUACUUUGUAUACGUAUGUAUCUGUAGCAUGUUUACACUGGCAUUAAUUUUUGUUUUCUAAGAAUAAAAAACCUUUUGAAAUAAACAAGUAAAACAGACAAGGUUGACAGAAAGCCUUGAGUUUGCAAUGCAGUUGGAAAAUUUGUAUCAGAGUUUGAACAAGCACCCUUUAUUUGAAAGACAAGCCAAAGUUGCAGAUACUAAAUUCAGGAAAAAAAUCAUUCUUCAGCCUGGCAGGGAGCCGUUUGGCUACAGCUGUAAAAUUUCAUCAGAAACCAAAUGAGAGGCACGUGGAGUAAUGCACUGUUACUUUGAGCAAAAGGUUGUAGAUUCAACUCUCCCAUGGGAGUGGUCUGGACAGCUCUGCUGUCAAGAAGUCAGAUUUAGUUUCUAGUGUCUGUGGAUUAAAAUCACAAUAGUGUUGAGGAGUUUUAGGGUUUCAAUCCAUCCCCUAAGGGAUUUUAGGUGUCAAGAGUCUCAGAGCCUUUAUUUAAGGGUUUUCUGAUGAAAUGCCUUCUAGAAACAGGGACUGCUGACCUUGGGCCACCUACGUCAUGUGAACACAAAGGUAUGUCUCCACAGGUGCCUGCCUGGCUCUGUGCCUCCCACCCUAGUUGUGCUACAGAAAGCUUUUAACUCUCCAAGGACCCUUUGGAAAAUGUAGAUGCUGGGAUGAAUAACACCUUGGAAGGUAUUUCAGAUAUCUAAGAGUAAGGGCUUGGUACAGGAUGGCCUUGGCCAUUCAUUUGGCCUCUUUGGGAUUCAAUCUGAUUAGGCAGUAACAGUAGCUUCAAAGUUUACAAAAUGCAAUACCCUAUCUCAUUCCACCCUCGCAACUACUCUGUGAGGUAAGCUGUGCACAUGUCACUGUUUUACUGAUGAAGAAACUAGCUCGGAAAAGUCACCCUGGAUCAUACAUGAAAGUGGUAGAGCAAGGACUAAGCCCGGCUCUUGUGAUUUUCAUUCCAACUCUACGGUGCCUCCCAGCUCUAUCAAUCUAUGAUUUUGUGUUUGAAGACACCCUGGGCAAUGGUAGAACUAUCAGGAGAGGAGAAAAGUGCUUGGAAAAAGGGGAGACUUUUUUGCUGCGGACUAGCCCUAUUCAGAGAAAAUUGAAGGCCUCUUACUGGCAGAUGAACAUUGCUGUUGAAAUGUUCUGUCUUCUAAGGAAUAGCCCACAGAAUGGCGUCAUGUGUCUACAUGAUCCCCAUCUGCCACCUCCAGAAAUGAAAGUGAGUGUAGCCAGCAUAGAAAAAGAGGAUCAGAGAAAAUGAAGUAAGGUGAAUCAGCCCAGAAUAACAUUUACUGGGCAUCCAUUCCUUGCACAAAACAAUAGACUGAAUGAUGAAUAAUUUUUUCCCUUUAUAGCAAUGUCAAUGGCUUGAAAAUCUGUAACAUGCUUGCAUAUUACAAUUUUCAUACUUUUUCCAUUCUUGCAGCUACUUUGAAGGCACAAAAAAAACAGGCAGAUUAAGUUUUAUAAACUUUGGAAAGCCCAUAAGCAUGAAAAUUGGAUAGUUUGCAGAACAGUAAAGCAAAUGCUAUGUUGCCAUUGAAACCCCAUUCUAAGAAUGCAAUCACUGUUAAAUAGAUAUGUGUAUAUUGGCUAAGGUUUCCAUGUACCUAUUUACCUUGUCACAAAUAAAAUACCAGGUGAAAGACAGA